UGCCUGUUAUCUUGAGCUGAAACUCCCUAUGCUAUGUGGUGGCAGCCAUUUUAAUUUGGUCACUGUCUCUCUCAGCGAGACGCCAACCAGUGCUAAAUAAAAGAGCCCGAGAACAGGAAUUGGAACCCGUCUUCCUCUUUCUCAGCCCUGCUAUCUUUGGCAUUGUGUGUCGCUGUCUUGAAGACAGAGCGAACCUGAUGGUACGUCGUCUCUGUAGUGUCUGUGGAGCUUGGAUUCACCACCCUUAUUGAAGGGCUGAUCUUGAAGACUGUUUUGAGGAUUUUCUGUUGCUUAUUCAUUGACUAAUGCCAUGAAUUGUGAAGAAGAGAGUGCAGAGAAGAAGGCAGUCCAUUCCUGGUCCAGAAUCUCCUCGGCUGGACAAACUGCAUUAGUGGAAGCCUUGAGAGUGUUCAGCCCCAUGUCAAAGGACCUUCUUGACACUGAGACACAACUGGUAUCUUUCCUUGAGAGUCUUAAGGAAGAAGGGCACAAGGCCACCGUUCUGAGAAGCAAGGACGUUUACGGGUACGAAUCCUGUAUGGCAGAAACUCCAUCGGCAGAAAUGGCUUUGAAAUCUGCAGGCAUGUGUGCUAAAGUCAAAGUGGUAAAGAAACGAUCUAGAAAAGCUGCAUCCAAGAAAAAGGAAAUCAAAUAUACUUUAAGUGCCGCUUCUCAAAUAAUCUUCAAAAGACAACCAAAAAUCCUGUUGAGAAAUCUUUCGCAGGAGUCGCUAAGGCACACAAUGGCGGUCCUAUCAAAACCCUCAUCCUCCACUGCACUCUUGGGGAACAGUAAUGGAAACCAGCCGUGCUUGACAUUAACAAAACUGACUGCACCUUCAGGGAGUCCAACAGCCAGGCUACAAAUCCAUUCAGACUUUACGUCACUUGGGAUUUCUAUGUCAAAUUCUCUCAGAACGCCAAAACUAUCAAUAACACAGGUGCAGCCUUUGGAGAAUGCAAGUAAAAUGACGAAAGGAGUUGCUUCCUGCCCAGUACAAAUGUCUGUGUCGCUAAUUGGUGGCUCAGCACCCAUGUGCCAGAAUGGCAGAGUUUUGAGAGAAAGCAACAAUUGCAAAACCUCUUCCAUUAAGAUCAGCAGAACCACCAGUGUGGAAGCUGACAAACUGUCUACGGACUGGACCGGAGUGGCUUCCAUGAAAGUGUUGAAUAUCCAACAAGAGGUUCGUUUGAGGAAACAGAAAAGGCUAGGAGAAACUGAGGAGCUGCAACAGAGUAAGAGAACCUCCACAAAUUCAACCCUAGCUGAUGAGGGUCCGGAGGAAUCUGAGAUAAGGGAGAACUACCUGAGGUCAAAGGUUAUCAAGGUGGACGAUACUACUUCUGACGAAGAAGUGAGACGGAAAGCCCAAAAGAUCCUAAGAGUGAAUCUUUCACCAGUGAUAGAAAUAAGACCUCUGUUGGCUUAUUCAAGCCUCUGAAAUCUAACUAUUUAAUAGAAGCCUUUUGCAUGUAAUAAGAUUCUGGCAGUCAAGGUUUUUAGAAAUGGCUUUGGGUAAAAAUGGGGUAUGUGGCUUUGUGUUUAAGGAAGGUUUUCUGGUGUAUAUUUGCUAAUCCUGGUAGUAUUUGUUCCUGACGGUUAAGGCUGCCUAAACCUAUUGAAAUACUACAGCAGAUUCAGAACGAUGAGAAGUAAGGGUGCAUUUUAUCCAGCAAUUGUUUUGUAUCCUCCCACCUGGGUGGAAUGGAGGAUCGUCCUGGAUCUUUUUUUUUUUUUUGUUGAUGUACAUGCCUCUUAAAUAUGGUGCAAUGUAAACAUAUGUACAAUAGUUAUGGAAACAAAUUGUAAUAAUACUGCACUGUGAUAUUUUUGGUAUUUAGUUUUAUUUUAUGAUUAUUUAAUUUACAUUGUCAAGAAAAAAAAAAGAUAAGCCAUGUCAUUAUUUUUUACUAUGCAGUAUAAAAGUGUUGUCUUUUAAUGGGGAGCAAUUUGUGUGUUUUCAGGAUGACCUUUUUAAUGUAAUAACAAACUAAAACCAUGUUAUGUAUUUGCAAUGUAGGCAUAAUGUGUUAAGGUGCCAUUCACUCUGGUGUAAAUCCAUAUUGACCAUGAGUUAACCUGUGCCUGAAACAUUGUGGUUCGUGCAAGGCCAUGCUAGCUCUGGCCUCUGCUUGUAUCCAUUGCCUAUAAGUGGGAGGGCAGGUGGAGAGAGAUACUGUAAAUCAGGUUUGAUGUAGUUACCCCAGUAAUACCCUAGUUGCAGAGAUCAGCAUUUAUUUAUUUUGCAUCUUCUAAAAAUAAAAUAAAUAAAUACUUUAAGUACAGUAUUUGGUUAAGUGUGCUC